UGGCGACGCGCUUGUCGUUCUAUAGCGCCGAUGGCUGCACAAGAGUGCGGGUUUAUUUCUUUUAGCUCGUUUAUAUUCGCGUAAUAUUGUUAAAAAAUGUUAAUUUAGUGCGAAUAGUUACAAUUAUUGUGUGUGGAAUUUAUGUUGAAUUAAAUUUAUUGUUAUACAUUACGUGUGGAGGUAUCUGUAAAGUAAAUUACAAUGGGACGUUAUAGAAGCCGCAGCAGAGAUAGGGAUAGAAGACGCAGGUCACGCACUCGUUCCAGAAGUCGUUCACCACGAGACCGAAGAAAUUGGGGGGGUGGUCGUGAUCGUGAUAGGGGAGGAAAUAGUCGAGGAGGACGAAAUCAGCCAGGUGCAAAUUUAAAGAAGCCCAAGUGGGAUCUAAGCCGUCUUGAACCAUUUAAAAAAGACUUUUAUAUUCCAAGUGACGUGGUUCAAAAUCGAGAUCCACGUAUUAUUGAACAAUACAGGAGUGAUAAAGAAAUUACACUACGUGGGCGUAGUAUUCCUAAUCCUGUAUUUUAUUUCGAGGAAGCAGGAUUUCCCGAAUACGUUAUCAAAGAAAUUAAGAAACAAGGGUUCAAAGAACCAACUUCUAUUCAGGCGCAAGGAUGGCCGAUAGCUUUAAGCGGAAGAGAUAUGGUGGGAAUUGCUUCAACAGGAUCUGGCAAAACUUUGUCAUAUGUACUUCCUGCAAUUGUUCACAUUAAUAGUCAGCCAAAACUUUCUCGUAAGGAUGGACCUAUAGCUCUUGUUUUAGCUCCAACACGAGAAUUGGCACAGCAAAUUCAACAAGUUGCUGAGGAUUUUGGACGAUCGUCUGCAAUUAGAAAUACAUGUUUGUACGGUGGAGCACCGAAAAAUGCUCAGAUUCGUGAUUUAGAAGGUGGUGUUGAAAUAGUAAUUGCAACACCGGGUAGAUUAUUAGAUUUCCUCGAAUCGGGGAAAACAAAUUUAAAACGAUGCACUUAUUUAGUUUUGGAUGAAGCUGAUCGAAUGUUAGAUAUGGGUUUUGAACCGCAAAUUAGAAAAAUAAUUGAACAAAUAAGGCCGGAUAGACAAACAUUAAUGUGGUCCGCUACAUGGCCAAAAGAAGUGAAAAAUUUGGCUGAGGAUUUCCUUAAGGAUUAUGCACAAAUUAAUGUUGGUUCUUUGCAGUUGGCAGCAAAUCAUAAUAUUUUACAAAUUAUUGACGUUUGUCAGGAUUAUGAAAAAGAGUCAAAACUAAGCACUCUUUUAAAAGAAAUCAUGGCAGAAAAGGAGAAUAAAACUAUAGUAUUUAUUGAAACGAAACGUAGGGUAGAUGAAAUUACUAGAAAAAUGAAACGUGAAGGAUGGCCAGCUGUUUGUAUACAUGGUGAUAAAACACAACAAGAAAGAGAUUGGGUUUUACAAGAUUUUAGGUCCGGUAAAGCACCAAUCCUAGUGGCUACAGACGUUGCAGCUCGUGGACUUGACGUUGAAGACGUCAAGUUUGUAAUCAACUUCGAUUAUCCAUCUUGCUCGGAAGAUUACGUACAUCGUAUUGGAAGGACUGGACGUCGACAAAAAACAGGAACAGCAUACACAUUCUUUACGCCCAAUAAUUCCAAUAAAGCAAACGAUCUUAUACAAGUAUUAAAAGAAGCUAAUCAAGUGAUCAAUCCAAAGCUUCUAGAACUCGCCGAUGGCAGAGGCAGUGGUUUUAUUAGACACAGAGGUGGUAGAAAUCGGUGGCGAAUGAAAGGCGGACGUGGCGACAGAGAACGCAGUUAUUCACGAAGUAGAAGUCGUAGCUACAGUAGGGAACGAAAUGGAAGAAGUCGACGAAGUUACAGCAGAAGUUAUUCUCGCAGUCGCAGUCCUGUUAAUCGCACAGGCAAGUCGUCAGACAGUCCUCGUGGUGAAGGCUCUUCAGUUGAAACUCCACCUCCAGUUUCCAAUCGUCCUGCAAUUCCUCAUUUAAUGGCAACUCCAAUUUCCAAUACAAUUCAUCCACCACCACCAUCAUCAACGCCAUCUCCAAAACAACAAAAUAUUCACAUAAACAUACAACCACCCUUGCCACCUUCUCUUCCUCCACCUCCACCGCCACCUCCUCCAAACGAUAAAUCCACAUUAACUCAAAUGCAACCACAACAAACUUUCUGUCAACUUCCUCCAAAUCUCCGACAGCCACCUCCCUUACCACGAUACUCACAGCCAACACAACCGCCACUUCCCCUUCAACCUCCUCUUCCUCAACAACCUCCACUUCCACAACAACCGCCACCUCCGCUUCCUCCAAUGGGUGGCGGACCAACUUCCGCCUCAAUACAAACAAUCUCCCAUCCUAUCAAUAUUUUGGGUUGUGCUACGGGUCCUCGAUCAAACUUUACUGGGGUACUUCCCCCUCUACCGAGAGUGAACUUGGGUGGACCUUAUCGUCAUCUCGGGGGUGGGCCUAAUAUGAACAUGGCCUCUCCGCCCCCCAUAGGCGGGGGUGGCUACCAGAACGCGUUGCCUACCUCGACGUACUACCAGCCGCCUCCGCCACCCAUGCACCCCAUCAAUGGCAUUCAUCAUUAGCAGCGCUACUCCUGCACUGCCAUGUGCUCUCAAGAAAUUAUUGGCAAAAGCUAUUGGAGCAGUGAAAGAUGAUCAUCAUCAUCAUGUGGACGAUGAAAAUAUUGUGAUAAAUUACCACAAUAUGAUAACGUCGAUAACAUUUUCAAACGUAUUAAUGUUAUUCGCAAAACAAUUGUAAAAAAAAAAUAAUAUUUAAAAAUUGUAAUUUUUCAUCAAAAUUUUACAUACCAUGACGUGAAAUCUUGGAUUUUUCAAAUAAUUUGUAUAUUAAAAUUAGCUUCAAUUGAAUAAUAGGUUUAAUAUGAAGCUCUUCAAUAAUAGAAUAAUUUUUAAUUCAACGAUUAUAUUGUAAUAUUCAUUCCUUUUUUUAUACAGAGAUACAGAUUUUUCUGUAUUUAGAAAAGUAGAAACCAUUAUUGUACAGUAUUGAAGAAUUUCAUAAUAAUUAAAUUGACAUGACAAAAGAUUUUUUUUAGUUAAAUUUUUUAUUUGUAUUUAUAUAAUUUUUUUUUAUUAGUUCAAACUGUGUCAAAUACGUGACCACUAAUUUCCUUAUUUCUCAUUUAUAUAAAACUUUUGUGAUUAAAUGUGUAAUUAAGUGCAAAGAAUAGUGACAAUUAAUAAAUUUUCGUCUUUUGACGUUUUUCUGUCAUAAUAAAAAAAAUUUAAGUAGAAUA